AUGGCCACUAUGGAGCCGACCGAAGACGAGAUCUCGCAAGUCAUCGACUUUGCAGGUCUCGACCGCAUGGAUGAUCGGGGCAUGGUCAUUCAAGCGCUCAAGCAAAACGGCCGCAAUGUCGAAAGCGUGGUGAUUGCCUACUUUGAUAAUCCCGACAGCUUUCGGCAACGCUUUACGUUGGUUUGGAAUGACGGGAUGUUUGGUGCAGAUCGAAAUGGUGAAAACGACAUCAACCCAAGCUCCUCUUUUCACGUUGAAGACUCGAAUGCGAACCCGUCGUUUUAUGUCGAAUCAAUGGACAGCUCGAUGCACGAAGGCGGUGUCAUUCAAGGGGUGACCCCCCCGCCGGAUAGAUACAGCGUCGGGGCACCUUCCAGGCCGCCCUCUAGAUCCAACGCCAAAUCCCCCCUUGGAAGAAUGGUGGACAUGACAGCCUCUGAUGUUCCUAGAUUCGUCGGUCAAUCAGACCCAGACAUGUUGAACCAAGACAUGGCGCGGGCUUUGCGCGAAUCGGCCCAAGAAGCUGGAAUAGCGGCCUCCAGUCAAGAAUCGGGAGUUCUGGAAAAUUGCACCUCUACACCACACUUUGGACCUGCCACGAGAACACAAUACGACAACGCAGAAUGGGCUAUGGUUCCUGUCGGCACCGCCAGCGGGAACUCGAAUAUACUGCCGGCUUCGGAUCGACAGCGGAAAACGGAUGCCCCAGCCUUUCUAGUGCAACACCCAAAUACUGUUGGGAACCACAGGUUGGGCGGUCUUUUGACCAUUUUACACGAGAUUCCCUUGGCCCGAAACAUUCUACUUCGAUGCGGGACACCGUCCGAAGCUUACGGAUAUGACAAUGAGUGGUGGCAAGGCAAAAGCAUCACGCCCCCGCAAUCUGUCCACGCGCCAACACCUGGCAGUGACUUGGAAUGGGGAUCCGACGAUGAUGUAAAACCAGGCUUCGAGGAUGAGAUACACCGGCUUAUGGCUUUCCUCGACUCUACCGAACGAAGCUACGGCUCCACCAGUGUUUUAACGGAAACGGUUCCUAAUUCGCACCACGGACCGGAGAAGCAUUUCUACGAGUGCUUGGGGCAACGGAAUGGGGAAGUGGUAUUUCCUCUGACCCAAGUCGCCACGCUAGCCAAUCUGCAGGGAGACGACCUCGGCCACGAAGACGCCAGAUUUAGCCUGCUCGAAAUAGAGCAUCAGCAAGGCGAUUAUAGUACCAUUAAGACACUUUAUGAGGCUCUCGAUCACUUGAUGUGGAGCGAUGUACUCUCCUGGGACGAACUGACCGAAGACUCUAAGAUGGCCAUGUUCAAGGAGAUGGGAGAGGUCCUUGCCAUCAAAUUUGGGGGCGAAGGCCCCCAAGACUCACUUGAUAUACCAACCGAACUCUACCCUGAAAAAUACCUUGCCGCCCGCAAGAACGAGGCACGUCGAAUUCAAAAAGCCUGGUGCGAGACAAAGCUGGCGAUGACGAAAAUUGCAAACGAGAAACGUGAAGCUCACGAAUGGCGAGACGAUUUCGGCCAGCUAUCCUAUGAUAAGAGAGUCAAGAUGGGAAAAGCUGUGGAACAAUGGAGAGUCUUGGAAGACUAUCUACAAAGUGCCGGCCGGUUCACCGGCAUGCAACAAUCAGGCUUCGAUACAAAUAGGUUCCCCGACUACCACGAGGCUCCUGAGUCUUUGUCGGAACCCCAACAGCAAACGUUGGAGAAAGUGGGCAACGUUCUAGAACUGACGGAAAGGGUGCUGGCCGAUGCUGAUAGAGUGCUGGACGGUUUAAAUGCAGAGCUUGAAAGGCUCAAUGCCAAGCAAAGGAGCCUUGGUCGGCUGUUGACGGAACCUGACAAGCCCGGUCGACCACAGCCAAUGAUGUGCAAGAGAUAUUUGCUCCGUGGCGUCGCAACUGAGAGGGAUAUUAUUUACGUAUGUCGACGGCAGCAGGCAGAUUUGAUUGACUUCGGCGACGCGCCGAAGAAACCAGACCAAUGGUGGCGUUUGGCCUAUGCUCAGGGCGAAGAACACCCAGUCAAAACCGAGAAAAUCGAAAUAGAGCGUGUUUUGAGAGAAGUAUGGCAAGAGACGAAGCUGCCACUUCUCAUCUAUGCCACUGAAGACGCCCUCAAUACUCCUAGUGUCCCGCUUAGUUUGCCCUUGGAACGCUUCGUCAAGGCGGACAAUAAGGCCUUUCGCAACGAACUGAACAUGGAGCGCAGCAGCGACCAAGAAUACACACGGCCUGGAUAUACCGAUCCGAUUUCCCCUUCCAAGCGCAAGCACCGGUCCGACAGCAUGGAUACACUGGACAGCAACCAUGCCUCUCUGGGCAGUGACGGGGGCAAUGGAUUUGAUAAUCCAUUUGAUGAGCAGCCAACCAAUUUUAGCUUUCAAAGAGAUGAGUACGAGCCCUUCGUCGUGGACACCGACGGGUUGCCAGCGCCCACUCGAAUCGAACCGGAUUAUGUCGACUAUGCCAGCGUUGGGCAGGAUGACGGGGCAGACCUCGAUUUCUCAAAACCACCGGGCUACAGCGAUGUCGCGCCUGAACCAGUACGAGAGAUGGAGCAGCUUUCACCGCAGAAACUGUCUAUUGUGACUCCGGCGCCGGAGACUACGGAACGGGAACCGAUAGAAAGCGUGAUGGCUAUGGAAAUGCCCGGCCGAGAGAAGGAGACUUAG